UAAUUUCGUAAUAUUCGAUCGAUUACAAAAAUUCUCCGUGCUUCCCGCUUUCUCCAAGCCUACUUUGUCGGGUACAACUUCGUGAUCCCACGCAAGAUGGGCAAACAAGUUGCGUUAUUUGUGCAAGAAAGCAACAGGAAAAAAUCAGAUGCAAAAGUUGAUAUUGGAGAGAAAGAUAUCCCAAAGCCUGGACCUGGCGAGGUCCUCGUCCGCAUCAAUCUCCGGCCGGUGAAUCCUUCGGACGCCUACAUGGUCAAUCUCACGUACCCUGGCUUCAAGCCCCAGACGUUUCCUGCCGUUCCAGGUGGUGAGGCCGUUGGAAAGGUGGUGGAGAAUGGUCCUUCUGCCAGCAGGUUUCCCAUCGGCACUCGUGUUGUGGCUGUCCCUUGGAACACCUACGAUGGUGAUGGUAGCUGGCAGCAAUACACAGCUGUCCCAGAGGAUGUUUUGAUCCCUGUGCCUGACAACGUAUCUGACGAAUCCGCAUCUCAGUUCCUCAUCAACCCAGUGACCGCGUAUGGCUUCCUGGAGACGCUGAAGGUGCCAGAGGGCGAGUACCUGCUGCAGACUGCGGCCGGCUCCGCCAUCGGACGCCAGCUCAUCGUCAUGGCAAAGCUGCGCGGCGUCAAGACCAUCAACCUGGUCCGCCGUAAGGAACAGGCCCAAGAGCUGCUGGACAUUGGGGCCGAUGAGGUCAUUGUAACCAGCAAUGAGGACGUGGUGGCUCGCGUCAAGGAGAUCACCGGGCGCAGGAUGGCGUAUGCGGCAGUUGACUGUGUCGCUGGGGAAAUGACCGGCACCGUCGUUGCGUCUACCCGCGACCAUGGCACUGUCUAUGUGUAUGGGCUACUAUCAGGCCCUACUUCCACAGUGGGAGCUGGGAACCUGAUCUUCCGCAAUGUCCACGUCACAGGCUUCUGGAUGGUGACGUGGCUCGAACAACUGGGCGAUGCAAAGGCGGAGAAGCUGGGAGAGGUCAUGGACCUCUUUGCACGAGGCAUCAUUGUACCGACCUCUGGCAAGAAGUUUCCUUUGGAGCAAGCCAACGAGGCGAUUGCAGAGUCUUGGAAGGUGGCAAAAGAAGGGAAGGUGUUCCUGGAAGGAUGAAGCAAGAUCAGACAAGGUGCCUUUUAUGGCAGAGGUUUCAUUUUCAGAUACAGAUCAGACCACAUUGCAGGUAAACAUCAUGCCGGUGCAUGUACAAGACACCGCAGCAAUUAAAUGCAGCGUCUGAUGCAUCAUAUGAGCAUUGAGGCUCCAAUUAUUAGGCAGGGGACCGGUCUGUUCACAGCUCAGAGAAUUUGCAAUGUUACUGCAAACACUCAGAACCCAUAAGUUGCAGCUAGCUGUUGUAAUGGCAUUAUUGUAUGCUUUCUGGCAUACCCAUCGCAAGCCUGGAGGAAACCUGAUCAGCUGGUUCCAGCAAUGACACUCUCUGCAUGCUUACUAUCUAAAUCUGCAUGAAUUGCUGCAUGUUAUUUGGGCACUGCCACAACCUCCCUUUUUGCUGAUGCUGAUUCACUCUUGCAUCCCAUUGUAAAAACUCUCUCACACCUUUAUCCUUGCUGAGCAAGUCUUGCUCCCAGUUGCUGCCCAAGCCACCAUGGGCGCCACAGGCAGAUCUUGUCUGUCCAUCUCAUGAUGGUUUACCAGCACAUGUACAUUCUGUUCAGUGCCGCACACUACUGCUACUUUUCUUCGCCUGCAGCUCCCAUGAAAUCCUCUCGGCAGACAACAACACCACCAUGAUGAGAGCAACCAUGAUGACCUGGGAUGAAGUUGGCUUGAAAUCGUGAGCUGGCCCAAAGCUUGCCUCCACGGUUGCUACCAAGCGCCUGAGAUGAGGCUUUAUCGCCCUCCAGAGAUCGCCCUUAUAUCUCCUUUGUGAGAAAUUUGUGAAGAGCACAUACAAGAUUUUGAAUUGAUGCAGGGAAAACAGAGAAAAUAUGAGAGACAGAGGAAUUCCCCAAAGAAGCAGCACUACCAAGGAGAGUGCUCUUGCUAUCUCCAUUGCGAGUGCCUACGGUAGCUGGCAAUCCCCUGGACCUUCCUCCUUUCUCAUCGACUGCGUGAUGAUCAGC